AUGGCUAGUGGUUCCGUAGUUGAUUAUUAUAGUUCUCGUGCUAAUCUUGAUAAACUCAAUCCAUUAAUACGUUCAGCAUAUAAUACUACAUCAGAUUUUGAAGAAUAUAAACAAAAAUUACUUACAAAAGUCGAUGCUGGUAAUCAAGAUGGAAAUACAACAUAUCUUGAUUCACUUGAAGAAAUUCGCCGCGAACAACGUGUUCGAUUGGCGCAAAUUGAACAUGAGUAUUAUAACCUAAAGAACGUUCAAUCAUUUGAUGUACCAUAUUAUCCACAAAAUAUAGAACAAAAACACGUAACUAUAGUUACAUCAAAACCACCACUACCAACUGCAUCAAGAAGAUCACCAUCACCAGUUUUUGUUAUUGAAGAUCAAACUCAACAUCAUAUUCAUCAUCGUCCCAUAUCAGCGAAUAUAGUUCGACGACAUGAUGAUAAUAUAGCUUAUUGUCCACAUCGAACAUCUGCAGACGAUACAAUAACAAAAAAUGAACAUGAUUUAUCAACGAGUCAUGUUCAAAAUCAAAUACAUAAUUUAUGGAAUGAAUUCGAAUUAGAGGAUUAUUUAGAACAGAAAAAAACUCGACGUCCUCCAAGUGCGCCAUUAAAUGAUAAUUGGGCAGGUCGUGUAACAGUACC